AACUAAGAGCCUCAAGGACAAUGCCUAGGUGGAGCCAUAUUUUAGGCGCCAUACCAUUAGCAUUAGCGAUGCUUUCUCUGUUCACAUGACCCCUUUCGUCCCGUGUGCUUAUUAUCCCGCAAUCAGCUCGGCUCUGUGAUGUUUUCCAUUUGAUGUAAACAACUCUCUGUGCACCCUUAUCUAAUUUUUCGAAUAUUUUCCCCCCUUUGUGACCAACGCUCGCGCUGAAUAAUGGAUAUCAUCCGACCGAUUUCCAGUUCCAUCAAAGACGAACCAGGCUUAUGCAAUGUCCUAGUGGAUAAAGAAUUUGGAAAAGAACUGAUGUCGACGCAGUCUUUAGCUAUCGUUGAGGAAGAUGGAUCCUUGGGAUCCGGUGAUGAUCAAACAGCAGUCAGUGAACUCAAUGAUGAUCCAUUACUGGCUGGAACAGAAGAUAUUCCCGUUCACUUCCGAUCGGAUGGAGUGACGUACCGUGUGGUUCAAGUAAACCCAGCAAAUAAUACUGUUGAUGCAGUGCCACUCGUUCCUACCUCUAGUGGAUAUGUUAGUCCGCAACAUAACACCAUUCAAGCUGCAGUCCUUGCAAACCCCAUCAAUGGUCAAGUGUAUGUCAUUGGUGAUACAAAUGAAGUUUUUUCCUCCACCAAUCAAAGGUCGCUAGCACCUAGGUUCAAUUCAAAUUCCAACGACAGCCUUGGCUCCACAUCGCGGGAUGACAAACGCCGUGCAUCUCAUAAUGAAGUUGAGCGAAGAAGGAGAGAUAAAAUCAAUAAUUGGAUUAUGAAGCUUAGCAAGAUUAUUCCAGAAAGUCCAAACGACUCCCACAAAAGUUUCGAAGGACUGAGUAAAGGUGGAAUCUUAGCAAAAGCAUGCGACUACAUUCACGAACUGCGGUCGCAAAACAUCCAAUACCAGGAAUGUCUAAAUGAAAACAAAAAAUUAGCUUUAGAAGUAGAAAAUUUGAAACGAGAAAACGAAGAACUGAAAUUAGUAAAUAAUCAAUUAAAGGACCAGCUCAUUGCAAAUGGCCUGCUUACUGAAGUUGAAGACUCUCUCACCUGAAUCAAGGUAAAAUUUGGGAAACUUGAUUAGAAACUUCAUAAUUCCAUCACUACUCUCUGUCACCUCUCAGUUUUAAAUUAGCUCUAUCGUUGAUUCCAUUUUAUAAGUUGUUGUUUCACCCGUAUAGCCGAUCAAUUGACUUUAAAAUAACCUGAUUUGAACCACUAAGGAUAUUAGUGGGUUCUUUUCAGAGAGCCUGGAUUUUUGGAUACUAAUAAUCCCUGCACUAGGUUACAUCUCGUUCAAGAUCAUUUGCCAACUGAUGUUGUUUAUUUUUAGUUCUAGCCGCUAAUAAAGCCUAAUCUUUCAGUAACACUAUCCUCACCAGAGGAUACAAUGUUCAUUGAAGUGGUAGCAAUGUUUUGUUUCAUUGCUUGUGCUGAGUCAGGACUGAAUUAAAUUCAAAUGUUCAGCAAACCAAACAGUGAGUGUUUUUUGUCAAUUUCUCUGACUCAUGUCAGUUUUCAGAGUACCAGCACUGUCUUUUUUACGUUCAAAGUAGUGUUGAUAUUCAAAACAAAUUAAGGCCAACAUUUUUGAACUUAUGUUUUGUAUAGAGAAAAAGCCAUUGAUAUUUUCAAAUCAUACAUAGUGUUUUGGGAGAAAAAAAAAAAUUGCUUAAAAGUUUUUCACUGGCAGAUUGACCUUGACUGAGCUAAUUCCAGCCUUUUUUCAUUGGUCUGACUAUUUUACUAUACUCCAAAUGCAGUGACCUGAUCCUGUCGUUCCAAAAAUUAUUUUAUUAUGGUUUUUUUAUGAGGUAUCGAAUAGAAAUGUUCUUGCAGACUUUAAAAGUUGGAGUGGAUCAGAAUGGAGAAUUUGCUGGUGUCUGAAAGUUGAAACAUGUAGAAUCUGUUGGAAAAACGAUCAAAUUUUUUCAAGCAAAUUCUCCAUUACUGGUAGUCUUACUGUAUUUUAGAAGUCACGUGGACAAUUAAAAUUUUUUUCGGUGAUCAUUGAUGAUUAUUGUUCUUGAAUUAGUGUUUUACUGACGUCAAUGAUGGAUUCAAACUGCAUCCCAUAGACUGCGGGAAAUGUUUUUACUGUUCAAAUUUCAUGAAUUUUCAAUGGAUUCAAAGAUCAUAGGAAAUGAAUUUUUUUUUGGUUCUCUUUCUCAUGGUAAGCGGAUUUUAUUGAAUGAUCAACUUUUUAUAUUUUCAUAGAAUACGCAGUCCUCAUUCUGUACCUAUCUGUAUUCUGUGGCAGACAUUAAGUUCUGAAUACGUUACUUAAUGUACGCUGCUGUUGUUACUUAUUUUUAUUGUUUUUCCUUUCAAUCACUGUUUGAAUGUAAGCAAACCUUUGCUUUUGAGAAUUCAGCAUAUCUUGUGAUAUAGUUUUAACACUGGGCAGCUCCUCAGCAAAUAAUUUUAAAACCCUUGAUCCCUCUAAGAUCGGUAUGUAACAAAAAGUAAAUAACAUUAUCGUCAAUUGGAAAACUCACACUGCUGAAUCAUUGAAAAAAAUCACCAUUUGGUGUGCUUACUUCUUCUUUGCUCUCCCUAACUUCACAGUUGAAACCAUGAGCCAUGAAAAUCUGUUUGAAUUUCAACAAUGAUAAAAAUUAGAGUUUCUCAAUAUUCGAUAAAACUAUUUAUUUUUCAACAUAGAGUUUGGUCGUUUUAUUAUCUCCCGUUUUUACGUAUUUAUAGUAUGUAGUUUGGAAUUCUCAUAGCAUCCAUUUUGUAAUUAAUUGUGUAAAGUUAAGAGUGCUCCGCGCUAUUUUUGAUUCAAAUGUGGCACUCAAUGUAAAUUGCAAUAAUUUUUUGUCUUGUCCAUACCCUCAACCUUUGUCUGUAACCCAUAAAUCAAAAAUACAAUUUGUAUCACUCUGUUUACAUUUUCUAGCAGAAUUAGUCCUCUUCUUUUUUUUCAGAGAGAUAUCACGAUUGCUUGUAUAUGUGAUGUUCUGGUUUAAACUUGUCCUAAUCAGCCACAAAUUAGUCUUCUGUGUCCUAAGACCCGAUAAUAUGUACCUAUUAAUUCUCUGUUAGGGCAAGUUAAAUUUUUAGAAUAUGUAGAUUUUUUAAAUAAAUUCUGUUAUUCCAAAUUUUAAUUUCAAAAUUUUUUGGUUCCGGAGUGUGUGCAGUUAAUGAUUCGAUAUCUUCAAUUAGCAAAACCAAAAAAAUGAGAAAAUGAAAAGCGAGGCUUGAGUUAAACCUUCUCAAAUUUAUAUUUAAGCCAAGAAGCCAAUUUAAUGUAAGUUUGAGUUCAUUAUUACAAUUUUUUUUUAUUUUCUUUUCAUACCCUCAGUUCUGUUCGUUAAUCUGUCAAUCCUUUAUUUGUCUCUUAACGUUGAUUUCUCAGGUUUAGACCUUUGUUAUAGCAAAUAGUUACUAAGUCUGAUUUUAAUUCCAACUUCUCAGCUAAAGUCUUCCUUGUUACAUUGCACAUUUCCUUACUCUGCCUUUAGUGAUCUGGCAGUCUUAAGUAAUCAAAUGAGGUUUUUUCUGAUGUCAUCAGCCAAUUCUUCCUCUAAUAUGCCUCUAUUCCAUAGGUACCAUGCAGGAAAUCAGAAAUCACUCAGAAAGAGUUGCGUUCAAUAAAUGACUAAGCUAUUAUCAUUGCUGGAACUGUACUCUCAAUUUUUAUGAGCAGCUUGUAGCCCUCUUUCCCUUAAAAAUUAAGAAUAUUUGGGACCUGGGGAUUUUAAUCCUGUUAAGAAACAAUACUGCACACACUCAGUGUUUGUAUUUAUCUCAUUUUGGUUAUCUUUGUGUUGAACCAUUUUGCUUCUUUCAUUAUAAGUUUUAAGUUUAAAUAUGUUUUUGUUGUAAUAAAGUUUUUUUCUUUUUUAAAAGUU